AUGGUCGUCCUCGCAGCGUCGAUAUGCACCCGCGGGGGCAAGGCGGUUCUUUCGCGUCAAUUCCGGGAAAUUGCUCGCUCUAGAAUCGAGGCUUUACUCGCAUCCUUUCCCAAGCUGGCGGAUUCCGGCACGCAGCACACCACCGUCGAACAAGACAAUGUCCGUUUCGUCUACCAGCCCCUCGACGAGCUCUACAUCGUUCUCAUCACCAACCGCCAAUCGAACAUCCUGCAAGACAUUGACAGUCUCCACCUCUUUGCACAAGUGACCACGAGCAUCUGUAAGAGCUUGGAUGAGAGGGAGAUUUUGCGCAAUGCUUUCGAGCUGCUCAGUGCUUUCGAUGAGCUGGUCACGCUGGGCUACCGGGAGAACCUGUCGCUUUCGCAGAUCAAGACGUUCUUGGAGAUGGAGAGUCACGAAGAGCGAAUUCAGGAGAUUAUUGAAAGAAACAAAGAACUCGAAGCCAGCGAGGAGCGCAAGAGAAAGGCCAAACAACUCGAAAUGCAACGGAAAGAGGCCGCUCGCACUGGACGGGCUGCGGCUCCCAGGGCUCCGUCCUACCCGGUUUACACUCCCCCUGCUCGACCCGCUGUCCCCGACACCUACGAUAGCUAUGAAGCGGAGAAACAGAAGUCCUUUGCGAAGCCAUUGCCAACCCGUGGAAAGGGUAUGCAACUCGGUAAGAAAUCGAAGGCUACGGAUAUCUACGAAAAAGUGCGCGGGGAUUUGGGUCCGGAGGUGGAAGAAUCAACUCCCUUGGUGACUCCCCAGGCCUCCACCCCCGUUGCCGAUAAAGUCUCCUCCGCUCGUGCCUCCCUAUCCGCCGAUCGCGAGCCCAUUCAUAUUACCAUCGCCGAAACCAUUUCUGCUGUUCUGACUCGCGAGGGUGCCUUAAAAUCAUUCGAAGUCAAGGGCGACCUACAGCUCCGCAUCACAGACCCCUCGUUUACCAAGCUCAAGCUCGACCUUCUUGCCAAUUCCACGCACGGCGCCCAGUUCCGGACACAUCCCAACGUUGACAAGGCUAUCUUCAACAACUCUUCAGUAAUCCAGUUGAAGGACACCGCCAAGCGAUUCCCGGCAAAUAACUCGAUUGGUGUCCUGCGCUGGCGCGUUGCCAGCUCAGGUUCAGACAAUGCCGAUAUUCUUCCCAUCACGUUCACCGUCUGGGUCAACAAGGGCUCCGACUCCACGACCGUUACCGUUGAAUAUGAGCUGACUGGCUCUGACUCCCUGCGCGACGUUGUCGUUACGAUUCCAUUUGGUGCUGCCGAGCCUGCAGUAUCGAGCUUCGACGCCGUCUACGAAGUCUCGGGAGAUAGCUUGGAUUGGAACAUCGGAACGGUGGACGAGAGCAACGCGUCCGGCAGCUUUGAGUUUGAAUCGGUAGGCGACGGUGACGAGAACGAAUUCUUCCCAAUGAACGUGCGAUUCUCCAAGGCCACUCCAUUUGUGGAGGUUGAUGUCUCGGACGUCACGCUGUUGGAGGAAGGAGAAAGCACUGGAUUUUCCAAGGACGUGAAAACCGUUGCGGAGGGAUAUCUUAUUGAGUAA